CCUUAGAAACCGCACCAAAGAUUUACCAACUCUCAAUGAAGGUAUCACUCGUUCUUUACGUCCUGGCGUGCGCCUUCUCGGCCAUGGCCUCCAGCAUUCGCCGUAAGCACUCUAACGACGCCGACAACAACGCGGAGAACUUCCAUCCCCACGAGGGCAUCCCCCACAUUGCCAAGUACGAAUACAACAAGUACUACGAUGAAGAAACCAAUGAAGAGUCGUAUCAAGGCAAGGCUAUGACCUGCGUCCCCCGCGAUAAACUCGAGGCCCUUCUCAACCAGUACAUCUCGACCUUCUCAGGUAUCGAAGACGGCGGCAGGAUGGCGAAGAAGACCUUUGAUGAGGACCUCAAGAUAUACUCCCAGACCCGAUGGUGGAUAACCACUGCCGUAGGCGGUGAUCUUGAGAAGAAUAUCGAGAAGUGGGCCAAGACCGAUAGUUUCCCUCCAAUCUUUAAAAAUCGCGCCCAGUUUAUUAAGGCACUCAUCCGCAAGAAUAAUCCUAACCAAUGGAAGAAGGGAUUGGUCACCUACGGUUGCAAUACCUUCACCUUCUACUGGAAGGGCGACUUCUCAAUCCCCGAGUACCCGACCGUAGGCCGCACCUUUGGCAUCCACAUAGUGUUCGUGAACCCUAAGACCAGCAGGGUCAAUAAGGUGUACGCAGAGUAUAACUCAUUAAACCAUAUGUAUAACCUUGGCGCUCACAUCACUUGGGCUAAGGAUCCCGUGUGCUGCGAUUGCCCUCCCUUUGUUACUAGCUGCAAGUGUCCUAUUUAGUAGGCGCUGGAAUUAUGAAACUUGUAUUUUUUCCUGUCAGAUGUGGAACUCGAUAGCCAGGCUUUUCAAUGUUCAGACCUCUAGACUCAAUUUGGCAGACGGGGCUGCACUUGGGAGUCUCUUUUUGCUAAACGAUUAGCUGAUCGGAUGGAUGGAGAGUUCACUCCUAACGAUGCUUAGCUAUAGGCAAUAUAAGAAGGGACUCUAUACUUUUA